AAGCGAAUUGGCCUCCUAGUGACAAACUUGAAGGACACUGUUUUCAACAGACUUAGGAGAAUCCAAUCAAGGAACUUACCGUCUAACCUCAACACUCGAGUACUAGACCUACCACCAUCACCGACGAGCAGAAUUUUAUCAACGCCUGGUCAACGAGAGUUUCUCCCUCGAGUUCCUGUCCCUGGAAACAACCACCUUGGCCUGGGUGGAAAACCCCUUUACUCGUCGGUGGUGAAACGUAACGCCACAAAUCCGCCGCCACUGAACAUUGAAACCGUAUUAAAUUUACUAAACCUUUAUGAAACAAUGCGUCAAAAUUAAGGUAUUUAUAGUUAAUUACUUUAUUUUACAUAUAUCAACAUAUUAUACUAUUAUUAUUUUACUAUAUUAUAUUAUUAUUAAUUUUUUUUUUAUCUUUUAUUUUCAUUUCUAUUUUUAUUUUAUUUUAUUUUAUUUUUAUUUUAUUUUUUGAAAGCUUUGAUCUCCCUUAUUUUGAGCGUACACCCCGUCAUGAUACCCCGAUUUGGAAAUGUGUUUCAGCGGUUGCCGUUCGCCUUUAAGUGUAAGUCGUAAAUCAAUACUUAGUCUUAGCUGCUGGAACGUUCAUGGGUUAACUGAUCGUUUAAGAUUUGGGAACAAAUUAACAAAUGAAGAAUUCAUCAAUCAUAUAAAUAAACAUGACAUUGUAAUUUUAACUGAAUCUUGGAUGAAAGAUGACGUGCAAAUUCCUGGCUUUAACACUUUUUAAAACGCAGCCCAAAAAACUUACAAAAAGAAAACUGGAAGACUUUCAGGGGGUUUAGUCCUAGGGUACAAGAAUUAUUUACGAAGUGGCAUUUCAUUUGUUAAAUCACAUAAUAAUUAUAUCUGGUGUAAACUAAAUCACACGUUUUUUAAUUUAGAACAAGAUGUUUAUCUAUGUGCCCUCUAUAUUCCUCCCCACGACUCACCAUAUUUUGACCCAGAUUUAUUCUCCAACAUUGAAACAGAUAUAGCUUUAUUUCACAGAAAAGGUUUAAUUAUGUUAGCCGGUGACUUUAAUGCUAGAACUGGAAAAGAAAAUGAUUUUAUCACGGAUGAAAGUGGCAAGUUUAUACCUGGCGGAGACAUUCCUCCACCACCCAAUCUCACUAAAAGACAGAACUUUGAUAACAUUGUCAACGAUCAUGGAAAACAAUUACUUGAUCUUUGUAAAACCUGUGAUCUAAGGAUUCUAAACGGCCGAUCGAAGGGAGAUACCCUAGGAAAAUUCACAUUUCACUCUAUUAAUGGAAUAAGUACUGUAGAUUAUAUU